AUGGGGAAACAUACAUUCACAAUUCUCCAUUUUACCGCUACGAUCUCUCUUUUGAUCGCGGGUGUCCUUCUUCUCAUCAUCACGCUCUCCGGUCAAAUUUGGCGUGACUACUCUCUCAUGACUGUUGUUCUCAAAAAUGGUUCCGCUUUUGAAAUCAUCCCGUUCUCCCGCGAUCGCGACUCCUAUGUCACCUACGGUACCUUCGGAUAUUGCAUCCAAAAUAUUGAUUUCGGACAAGGCUAUCAAAAGCAAUCCUGUUCUGAUCCAGAAGUCGGCUAUCCAAUCACUGAAAUUCAAACAUCAAUCGAUGGGACAAAGUUCUUUGAGAAUAACAAGCACUUAGAUUCUUUGACCAAGGUUAUGAUCUUACACCCGAUUGGAUGCGUUUUCGCCUUCACUGCCUGUUUGUUCGGACUUAGGUCCGGAUACCUCAGGAGCAUCUGGUCUAUGUUUCUUACUAUCACCGUUUGGAUUAUGACUACUGUUGCAAUGGGAAUUGAGCUCUACGUUUUCAUUAUUAUGCAUGAGCAUAUCUCAUCCAAGGAGAUGGGAGGUGGUAGUCGAGCUUGGAUUGGAGCUGCACUGUGGAGCUUGGUUGUCACUUUCAUCUCAUUGACUUAUGCUGUCGUCGUCACGGGUCUUACGGUCUGGCAGAAGAAGUAUUGGUGGAAGGGAGGGGAGGCUGUCACUGUUGCUGCUAGGAAGAAAAGAGGGAGAAAGAUUCCAGGACGAGGGGUCAAUGGAGAGAGCGAUUCAGGCGAAAGCUCACCAGUCAGGAGAUGGAGCCGCGAUGAAGGGCACACUCCAUUCUGGAGACACAGAAGGGAGGACGAUACUCUAGUCUUCGAAUAA